AUGGCUGCUAGCCGGUACCCUCCCCCUUGGUUCAGUGUUGCGCCAAUGAUGGACUACACGGACAACCACUAUAGGACUUUAGCUCGCAUCAUAUCAAAGCAUUCUUGGCUUUACACAGAAAUGAUUGCUGCAGAAACUAUAGUAUUUCAGAAGGGAAAUUUGGAUCGAUUUUUGGCAUUUGGUCCGGAACAGCAUCCGAUAGUGCUUCAAAUUGGGGGAAGUGACUUGAAUAACAUUGCUAAAGCAACUCAACUCACAAAUUCUUAUGGCUAUGAUGAGAUCAAUUUCAACUGUGGCUGUCCAAGCCCCAAGGUUGCUGGAAAAGGUUGUUUUGGCGUGCGCCUAAUGCUUGAUCCAAAGUUUGUUGCCGAUGCUAUGUCAGUAAUUUCAGCUAAUACAAAUGUUCCUGUUAGUGUCAAAUGCCGAAUCGGUGUUGAUGACCGUGAUUCAUAUAAUGAGCUGUGUGAUUUUAUAUAUAAGGUCUCAUCUCAAUCACCAACAAAGCAUUUCAUCAUACACUCCAGGAAGGCAUUACUUAAUGGAAUAAGCCCCAAAGAAAAUAGAUCUAUUCCACCCUUAAAAUAUGAAUUCUACUAUGCUCUUGUGCGUGAUUUUCCUGAUCUACAGUUCACCAUUAAUGGAGGCAUUAACACCGUCGAUGAGGUGAAUGCAGCACUACAGGAAGGAGCUCAUGGAGUUAUGGUUGGGCGUGCAGCUUACAAUAAUCCGUGGAAUCUUUUGGGGCAUGUUGAUAGUGUUGUUUACGGUGCCCCUCUAAGCAGUCUAACUCGGCGACAGGUUCUUGAAAAGUACCAGGUGUAUGGUGAUUCAGUCUUGGGACUAUAUGGACCUAAACCGAAUGUCCGUGAAGUUAUAAAACCUUUGCUUGGGUUUUUCCAUGGGGAGCCGGGAAAUGGCCUGUGGAAGCGCAAAGCUGAUGCCGCCUUCAUGAGCUGCAAGACGAUAAAAGCCUUUUUUGAGGAGACCCUUGUGGCUAUACCAGAUUCAGUCUUGGACGCACCUAUUACUCAAGCCCCGAUAAGUUUCCCGGAUGUUUUUGCUGAUGCUAAGAGAGUGUUGCCUUCUCCCUAUUAUAGGGUGAAAACAGAGGAAGAAGAGCUUUUGUAUGCUUAG